AUGGAAGACGAAGUUGAUUGGGGAGCGAUAGACAACACAGAAACGGACGAAUGGCGUCGUGGUGGUGUUCAAGCCGGAGCAGAGGAUGAAGAUGUCAUGUCGCUAGAUGGAGCUGAAGAGGAAGCCCAAGCUCCAGCGUCGUCUCCAAAGCCCAAAGAGGCUUCGUCUAUCCCUACAGGUCCCAGUAAACCGGCGCCACCGACAGGUCCUCGAAAAACGUCUGAUGUGCCGAAUGAGCAACGAUCGGCAGGAAACGGCUCUAGUGCUCACCCCCCAUCGGCAGCUCCUCGAGGUCCAAAACACGAAUCAUCACAUUUGACUCGAGCCGCCUCUUCUUCGUCAAGCUCAAUAAUCACUGGUCAACCGCCGAGUUCGACACCGACUGGACCUCGCCGCAGAGACUCGCGUGAUCGAACUCAGCUGGUGACUCGUGGAUCCGAAAACCAAUCACAAUCACAGGCGAGUCGUGUCCUAGGUCUACGUUUGUUCCUCGCUUGA